AUGUUGUUUUCAUGUGCUAUGACUCAGUUCCUCUUCUCCAUCUCUGCUGCAUAUCAAUGGAGACAGUUGUUUCAAAAGUCUCUUGUACCAUCGAAGUCUGUAUCGGUUAUAGGAAAUUUCUCAAACGUCGGGUACAGUCGGAGGAGUAUCGAGUGUGGCAUUGCAAAGGAUAUUCCAUUAAAGAACUAUCGUGUCGAGCAUCAGACAAGUUUGAAUGCUAGUGAGGUCAACGCAUUUGAGGCAGGUUCACGUAAUCAAAAUGUUGGCAGGGUAUGCCAGGGUGGAGAACUGUUAAGGGAAGCUCUUCCAAUCUUAUUUUACAAUUAUGUUCCUUUUAGAUUUUAUUUUUGA